GGUAGAAGAGGUGCGUGAACCAUGAGGAGAGGCCUUGGGUGAUGUGAACCCUGGGGGAGAAGAGACCAUUGGGGUGAUUAGAGAGAAGAGAGAACCCUGAAAAGAUAGAGACCUUUGGGGAGAAUGAGGGGAAGAAGAGAACUUUCCCAUUGGGGAAAAUGGAGAAAGAGAAUUCUGGGGAGGUAGAGACCUUUGGAGGGCGAGGAUCUGACUGCAGCCAUGGCGAGUGGGAGUGGGAGUGGGGACAGUGUCACCCGCAGGAGUGUGGCCUCCCAGUUCUUCACCCAGGAGGAGGGCAGCUGUGUGGAUGGAAUGACCACUUCAGAGAGGGUGGUUGAUCUUCUGAACCAGGCAGCCCUGAUUGCAAAUGAUUCAAAGAUCACAGUGCUCAAACAGGUCCAGGAGCUGAUCAUAAAUAAGGACCCAACCCUGCUGGAUAACUUUCUGGAUGAGAUCAUCGCCUUCCAGGCUGACAAGUCCAUCGAAGUGCGGAAAUUUGUCAUUGGCUUCAUCGAGGAGGCCUGGUAUGGCUCUGGCUGAAGCAGAGGGGCCGGGCGGGUGUGCUCUGGGGCCUCUGUGACCCCCUCUCCCCAGUCCCUGACCAUUGGGUAGAUGGACCGGAUGAGCCUC